AUGUCCACGACGUUUGAAAUGAGAUUCGCCAACUCGGGCGCAGAGCGGACCUUCAUCCAAAAACUCCGCGACAAGAGCCCCCAAGACAUCCGCUUCCUCGACCACUACAACGGAGAGUAUUUCAGCUGUUUAGAACAGGACGCCGAUUUGAUCGCGGACGAGAUCUACAAGACGCGGUCGGUGAUCAAGACGCACAACGGCACGCGCUUCAUCACCAUCUCGCCCCAGGUGUUUGCCAACGUGUUGAAAUACGCCUUGUUGGACCAACGUAUGCGCGUGGAGAUCUACGAUGCCAAGAGAUACGAGUUGCUCGUGAGUGGCACUGCUGGAAAUUUGGACGCGGUGUCGGAAAAGUACGCCGUGAAUUUCGAGUUUCUGGAUUUUUCGAGCUCGAGCAUCGCGGCCGUCAAGAUUGUUGCCAACACGGUUGGGGUGUGUUUUAUCGAUGAUGGCGAGGACAAGAUUUGGCUCUGCCAGUUUGAGGAUAACGAAUUGCUCUCGCAUUUGGAGCUGUUGCUUGUCUCUGUUGGCGUCAAGGAGGUGUUGAUGACGCUGCUGAGCCAACUGGGAGAUAAUAAGAAAUUGGAAAAUGUGGUGAACAAGUUGGGCAAUGUUGUCGUGAGCACUUCCACUCAGUUCAACACCAAGAACGUUGAGCUGGACUUGUCAAAGUUGGUCGAAGAGGAGAAUUUGGAGAUGAGUUUGAGCGCCAAGGGGAUCAAAAUGAGUGAGUCUGGAGUGGCGUUUGCCUGUUGCAACGCGUUGAUCUCCUAUUUGGGCCUACUUGAAAAAGACGACUUGGGAAGUUUCCAAAUUGAUCAGUACGACUUGACGAGUUUUAUGAAGUUGGACUCGGCCACAAUCAAGGCGUUGAAUGUGUUUCCCGAGUUUAAAUCCUCCUCCAUCAAUUCGGUUUUCGAAUUGUUGAACAAAUGCAAAUCUGCGUGCGGCUCGCGAUUGUUGAGCCAGUGGUUGAAACAACCACUUACUUCAGUAGUAGAGAUUGAAGAGAGACAGCAGUUGGUUGGCUUACUCAUGAAUGAUGCCGGUUUGAGAGUCUCGGUCCAGGAUAUCCUUGGUCAGGUACCUGAUAUCAAACGACUACUCAAGAAAAUGAACAUUGGUAUGGCUAAAAACGGUCACGAUAAUCGGAAAUUGGAAGAUUUGGUGAGAUUGUACCAAUUGGUGUUGUUGCUCCCUGGUUUGAUCCAGCUUUUGCAAAAAAAUGGAGAUAGACGCGAGCUGGUGAACGAGUUGGUGGAGAAAUAUUGGCGCGAGCCCAUCCUGAAGCUGUACUCGUCACUAAGGAAGUUCCAAGAGUUGGUGGAAACCACGGUGGAUUUGAAAGGCUUGCACGAUUUGCACUCGAACUUUGAUAUUCGCCCCGAGUUUGAUGCUUCAUUGAUUGAAAUCAACGACAAGAAGAAUGACGCCAUGGACCAGAUCAAAAAUUUGCAUCUCGCCGCUGCCGAUGAUUUGAACAUGGAGGCGGAUAAGAAGUUGAAAUUGGAGCAACACCAAGUCCAUGGCUUUUGCAUGAGAUUAACGAGAACAGACUCGGUGGUGUUGAGAAAUAAUACUCGCACAUAUAUAGAGUUGCAGACGGUCAAAGCUGGAGUUUACUUCACCACUGCCGAGUUGAGGAAACAGGCCCAGGCGUAUGCGCAAGCGUGCGACGAGUACAACCACAAGCAACGGGAAUUAAUCCGGGAGGUGAUUUCAAUCUCGUUGACAUAUCUGUCUGUGUUGACUAAAUUGAGCUUGGACUUGGCCCAUUUGGAUGUGAUUAUGAGCUUUGCCACCGUGGCACUCGUUGCGCCCACUACAUUUGUCCAGCCCAAGAUGAUUCCACUCGAUUCUAAAGAGCGCAAGAUGCAAGUGAAAAACUCGCGGCAUCCGUUAUUGGAAGUUCAAGAUGAUGUUGACUUUGUCCCGAAUGACGUUGACAUUGAAGAGCAGUUUUUCAACAUCAUCACGGGCCCCAACAUGGGUGGCAAAUCCACCUAUCUCAAGCAAAUUGCCACCCUUGCACUCAUGGCCCAAGUAGGCUCAUUCAUCCCCGCGGAUGAUAAUGAUGGUACUAGCGAUGGUGUUGCUACAUUGCCAGUAUUUGACGCCAUCUUGUCGCGGGUGGGGGCAGGUGACUCCCAACUCAAGGGACUUUCCACUUUUAUGAUUGAAAUGUUGGAAACUUCGUCGAUUCUCGCUAGUGCCACGCUGAACUCGUUGAUAAUCAUCGACGAGUUGGGCCGCGGUACUUCGACCUACGAUGGCUUUGGUUUAGCGUGGUCGAUAUCUGAACAUUUGAUUCAACAAAAGCAGUGCAUCUGUAUAUUUGCUACCCAUUUCCAUGAACUUAACCAGUUGGCCAACAUCUACCCACAGCAAGUGAAAAACUUGCAUGUGGUUGCAUACGUGGAAAACAAAGAUGAUAUCACGUUGAUGUACAAGAUUGAGCCGGGCAUUUCAUCGAGGUCGUUUGGGAUCAAUGUGGCUGAAAUGGUCAAGUUCCCGGAAAAGAUUAUCCGCAUGGCCAAGCGCAAAGCCGAGGAGUUGGAAAACGACAAGAGCAAAAGAGUCGAGGACGUCGAUAUGGAUGCCAAUGAACUCAAGCUUGAGGUGGAGCAAUUGAAACUGGUGUUGAAGGAAUGGAGAAACAAGAAUCAGUAUGAUGUCGAAGAGGCAUCGCGCGAGUUGCACAAGCUAUUAGAUGAGAACUCCAACGGGUACAUCAAGGAGCUCAUUGCCAGUUUAUAA